UUUGGCUGCAGAAGCAAAACCAGCGAUGUAGAGAAAGUGUAAUAAUACCUUAGUCGUCGACGCGAAUUAAAAGAUAAAAACAGCAACCCGGGGACGAAAAAGGUUGGGAAUGAAACUGGUUUGUCGUGAUCUGUUAUUGUAUCAGUUUAUCCAUCGAAGCAUUUUUGACAAAUAGAAAGCCGCAUUCCGAGCGCACAGUCUCCAUGUAUUUUGGAUGAUCUCCCGCAGCCAGGUCCACGUAUUGAGAUGAUCUAUUUUUGUAAUGGCGAAGGGUCUUUUUCCACGGGCCUGGGUGAAAAAGUCAUUCUACUUCCAGGCUCGGAUCUCGUUUGUGCGGGUGAAGUACCUGUUCCUGACCUGGCUGACUGUGUUGGUAGGGAGCUGGGUGCUCUACGUGCAGUACUCUACCUACACAGAGCUGUGCAGAGGACACGAGUGCAAGAACUCCAUCUGUGAUAAAUACAGGAGGGGAAUCAUUGAUGGCUCAGCCUGCAGUAGUCUGUGUGACAAAGACACUCUGUAUAUUAGCAGAUGCCUCUCCACUCUGCCUAAUAACCAGGUGUACACAGGAAGCUGGGGUGACUUUGACGGGAUCAUCCGCUGUACACUUGGGGAAGUUCUGCACUAUGAGCUGGGUGAGGAACCGGAGCCACGAAAAGAAGCCCCUGCCUUUGACAAGCCCACCAGAGGCACAUCUGUGGAGAAGUUCAGAGAGAUGGUCUUCAACCAUCUCAAGUCCAAACUGGGAGAGCAAGCUAACCUUGGCAGUCUGGUCAGCCAGAUCCUCUUCGUCGCUGAUGGAAACAAGGAUGGACGGGUGUCGCUGCCGGAAGCCCGCUCUACCUGGGCCCUCCUCCAGGUGGAUGAGGUCUUGCUGGGCUUGCUGCUUCAAGACCGUGGACACACCCCUCGUCUUCUGGGAUACUGUGGAGACUUGUACAUGACGGAGCGCGUCCCUUACGGACCUUUGUAUGGAUUGUCCUUACCCUGGCCGCUGGUGGCCUGGGUCCCCACCGGGAUGCAACGCACCCUGGACCAGUGGUUCACCCCCUCCUGGCCUCGCAAAGCCAAGAUUUCUAUGGGCCUGCUGGAGCUAGUGGAAGACAUCUUCCACGGCACCUACGGCAGCUUCCUCAUCUGUGACCUUGCCGCGUCACACUUCGGCUACACAGAUCGCCAUGAACUCCGGCUCACCGACACCCGCGCAGUGGUGCCCGAGAACGAGUUCCGACGCACUAUGCGAGCGCUUAGAUGUGAGACAGAUUCAGACUGUUUGUAUGGGGCGGACUGCCAGACAUCAUGUGACAUGACAGAGAAAAGGUGCAGGGAGGACCCUAUCCAGCCGAACUUGUCCAAGGCGUGCAGUGCACUGAAGGACUACCUACUGCGGGGGGCACCGUCAGAACUUAAGGAGGAGCUUGAAAGGCAAUUGUAUGCGUGCAUGUCCCUCAAAGGCAAUGCUGGACAGAUGAACAUGGAGCACUCGCUCAUCCUCAACAACCUCAAGGCUCUGCUGUGGAGGCAGAUCUCACACACCAAGGAUUCGUGAUGGGAGGUCAUUGAAGUUUCCACAAUUUUUAAUCAUUUCACAUAACUAAGUAGGUAACAAUGCUGGAAGAAAAAAAAAAGAAUAGUUUUUAGUCACAAGAAUUGAGACAUCUGACCAGUAAAUGACAUGUGACCUUUAAAUUGAUGCGCACCAGCAUCAAUUUAGUUCAUUCUGUUUGGGGAUCGAGGAAGUUGAAUCCAGGAUUUUAGUUGUAUGACCCACCAGCCUAAAAUAUAAACAAAAUGCACUGUUCGAUCACAAUAUGAAGUGAAAAACUACUAAAACUUUGAAACAGAUAAUGCGAGUCCAAUUCAGUAUUCCAUAGGCAAGUUUUCUUCGGUCUUUAUAAACGAUUGUGCUGUACAUUUUUUGAUGAAAUUGACAAUGCUACAUCAAAUGAUAGAGAAAACGUUUAACAAAAAUCCUGUUUUGUGAAGAUCCUAGUUCUACUUCUCACACUAGAAGCAGCACAUUUGUAGUGACUCACCUACUUAUUUAAUUACUGCCUAAUGGUGCCAUAAACAAGAGAUAAUGCUGGAAAUAGCCUUGCUGAAUGUUUACCGUUGAUGAAGGUAUAGACUUAGCACUUAUAGAUGAAUUGAGGUCCCACACAUUUGAAUGCUGUCAAGAUUACCCACAACUCCUUCUGGAAGUUGCUCAAGUAAUGUCAACUGUGAUUGCAUUGAACAGUCUGUAGUUGUGAAUACCUACACACCCUUAGCUGUUAACCCACUUGAAAUGUUACCGAGCUAAAUCUAAGAACACAUUCAAAAACUGACAAAACCCAAAAGCAUGUGGGUUAGAAAUUCAAGAUUAGUCAUUGCUGUUAAAUCUGCAAUAUUGUAACAAUGUUUACCUUUUCAGUGAAACCAGCAUGAUUUUGCACAAUAAAACCUACC